UUUCUUUUACCACAUGUUUGUAGACAGCUGUAGAAUGCAGGUGCAUGAAUUGUAGGGUAGUUUUUUUUUUUACUUUCUCGGUUCAAAAUUUUAUUUUUACCUCAGUGCUACUUAAAAUUUUACUCCCGAAACCUUACCAGGAUACUCGAUAACACCGCUCUUGAUGAAUUGGAUUAAUUCCCACGAGAACUAUUAGGCUUCGUGCAAAGCCCAGCAUAAAGGGGAUAACAAUGACCAAAUCUGUUGAAGUUUUUUUAUUUAAUUAACCGAAUAAUACUGUGAUGUUUCCAGAAAAUCUAUUUGGAUCACAUGAUUUUAAAUAAGGAAUUCAGUAAAAACAACUACUUGUGAUUAUGAGACUUGGUUAUCCAACACACCUCACACAUUGAAAAAAAUCAACAAGAUAAAAUACUUUGAUCACUUCAUGCAUUAUGGACAACCAACAUCUAAAGUAAUUAUCCUAAUUAAAAAUUUAUGAAAUGGCAGAGAGUCAAGCAAUUUUGAAGAAAAAAAUAAAGGAUUUAAAAUCAGAAAUAAGCAAUCUGGUUGAAAUGAGUAAAGGCGUGGACACUAACUCAGAAAUUCUCGAAACAACCUCUGUGAGACAAUCAGAACAGAAAGAAAUAAUUAAUAAUGUUCCCUCUGAAGAAGAAAGGUCCUCUUUAAGUGAAUGCACUCCCACAGUUAUAAGAAUAUCCAAACAAGAAGAAGACAAAAAAAUCCAACAGUUGGGUAGUUUCAAUGCUCAAUUGGCGUUUUUGUCCAUGAUUCAAGUUUUAGAGAAACAGCAUGACAAAGGUCCCAUUCUGUGCAGACAGCCCUCUUUCAAGUUGCCACCCGAUGACUCAUUGAAUAUAUUCAAACUUGAAGAAAUCGAGCAGCAAAUUCUAAAGGUUGAGAAAAAAGUCAAAUUGGUUUCAAGAAAACUGUUGGAAUCGAGAAAAGAGAAAGCCGAACUUAUAAGAAGAAUCGAAUUUCUUGAAAAUCGGUUAAUCCAACGAAGCAAGGAAGAAAUGAUUGCUACAUUUAUGAAAGAACAGCCUACUGCAAAAGACAUUGAAAAUUUACAACUACUUCAAGAGAAAUUGAUAGUGAAAUCAAAAUCGAGCAAAGACUUAAAGCAACUCCAAAAACAACGAGAGACUCUUAAUAAAAUACUUAAAAAUGCAGAAACUAUUAUAUCAGAUAGUUCAGUCAUUAAAAAACCCAGACAUAUUAUCAUUGUAGAGCCAAAUAUCGCAGGCGUCAAGGAUAAAAGCAUUCAUAAAAUAUCACGAGCACAGGAUGAAAAGGAUAAUGCAAGGUCUGUGCUAGGUUCGCGUGAAAAUAUAGGCCUGAUUUUUACCAGUGUAGAUGAGUUGGCUGGUUUAAAACCGAGAGAAUCUGUAGAAGGUGAAUUUAAUGAAAAACAAAAAUCAAAAAGAAUUAAAAAAGCCCUGGAUGAUCAAGAUGCCGAAAUGGAAAAUGAAUCUCCUAGUAAAGACCCAUGGACAGGAUUAAAGCUCAAAAUUCCUGAGUCUCAAGUGUCACAGGAAACUGAAGAAGAAAGUGAAGAUGUUGAAAAUGAGAAAAAGGAAGAGACAAAGGAAAAAGCAACCACUAAGGAAAUUAAUAAAUUAAAUAAUAAGACUAAUUCUAAUGAUGCUACAUCUAAUGAUUCAGGUAAUAAUGAAGACAUGAAGAAAAAUUAAUUCCCAUAUACAAAAUACCGCUAUCACAACACUUUACCUAUUAGUAACCACUCUGACCAAAAACAAUACCAAUAUUACAUUAAAUACAUAAUUAAAAACUUA